AUGGGAUUGAUAUCGUACUAUUGUCUUAUUGUCGUUGUCUUUAUAGCUCUAAUCAUUUAUGAUUUAUUGUUUUACACCACUUAUACAUAUGACAUUUGCCCACCCAUCGAAUAUACAAAUGCACGGUUACUCUUUUAUGAUCCUGAUUAAUCACUAGAUUAAAUCAAUUUUUUAGUAGCAUAAUAAACUACUACCGACAACACUACUACUACCGAUAACACUACUACUACGGAUAACACUACUACUACUGAUAAUACUACUACGACUGAUUCAAAUGUUAGUGAUACUUCCAUGGCAAAUGCACUAGUAUUCUAAUAAAAAUAACAAGGUUACACUCCCAUUCAUAAUUAUAUUACUUUAUUGUGGUGUGAUAGGCUUAAUUUUCUUAGCCAUGCUCGGUAUAUAUUGUUUUGGUAAAAUGCCUAGUGAAAAAUUUGGAAAUUUAAGUAGUUUUAUUUAUUUAUUCUUAAGAUAUGUGUUGGGCUUGUUUAGGUAUUUAUGUUAGAAAUUUUGCCGUCUUGACUCGGCUUCUUUCUUGGGUUGGUUUAUUAUUGAUGGCAAUAUAAGCCAUCAUUACAAUUACAAACGAAGAAUGCUAAACUGCUGUUCAUGAAUACAAACAAAAUAGAAAAAUAUAUUAAGUGGUAAUUCAAAAAUUUUAUUUUAAGGAAGGAGCAAUGUAUGAUUCUUCAAUUUUAUUAAUUAUUGUAAAUUUAUGUUUUUGGGGAGCAACUCACUGUCUUUUACCCUCAUUAAAGCUUCUUAUAGAUUCAGAAUCCUUUUUAUAUGAACCAUUUGACCGAAGUAAAGGUACGGCAUAUUGGUUUUGUUGUAUAAUGCUUGGACCUUGA